GCACUGAGCAGGAAAAUUAUGGAAACAUCUCUACAGUCUCUGCUCUUUCUGAGCUUACUGCUGUGCUGCACAACAAACCAAGCCCUCACAGCUCACCUGACUGUGAGUCCCAGCAGCUCUCAGAUGUUUAAAGGAGAGUUUGUCACUCUGAGCUGUGAGGAGGACGACAGCUCUGCUGGAUGGACGCUGAGGAGGAACACAACCACAGAAACUAGAACUGAGUGUGGAGUUAAAUGGGGAAGAUCAACUGGUUCUUCUUGUAUCAUCAGCUACAUCCAAAGACUGGACAGUGGAGUUUACUGGUGUGAGUCCAGAGAGGGAGCAACCAGUAACAGCAUCAACAUCACUGUCACUGAUGGAUCAGUGAUCCUGCAGAGUCCUGUCCUCCCUGUGAUGGAGGGAGAUGAUGUCACUCUGCACUGUAAAACAAAGACCUCCAACUUCACAGCUGAUUUCUAUAAAGAUGGCUCCCUCAUCAGGACUGAGCCUGCAGGUCACAUGACCAUCCACCAUGUUUCCAAGUCUGAUGAGGGCCUCUACAAGUGUCACAACAGCAGUCAUGGAGAGUCUCCAUCCAGCUGGAUCACUGUCACAGUGAAACCCACCACCACAUCUCAACCUACAUCCCCUUCUACCUCUAGUCCCUCCUCCACCUCUCCUCCUUCAUCAUCCACCUCUCCUCCUUCAUCAUCCACCACUCCUCAUCCCCCUGUGUUGUGGUCUGUUGCACCUGUCUGUGUUCUGGUUUUGCUGGUUGUACUGGUUCUACUGGUGAGACGAUGUGUUCGGAGGAAACCUAAAGAAAUUUAA